AGAUUCAAUGGGAUUUUCGAUCGAUCAAUUAAUUGAUCGAUUGAUUAACUGAUUGAUUGAUUGAUCGGACCAAAAAAGAAAAGAAAAAAAAAACGGGGGAGGAGGAGGCCGUUAUCGAAUCAGUGAUGAUGGGGCCGAGAACAACGAGUAGGGGGACAGGGACUGGCGGGACGAGGAGGAAAAAGAAGAAGCGGGGGAGGAGGAGGCCGUGGCGAUGGAGAAGGACGAGGAGGAAGACGAAGAGGACGACGACAAAGGAGGAGGAGGAGGAGGAGGACGACAAUGAGGAGGACGACGAGGAGGACAAUGAGGAGGACGACGAGGAGGACAAUGAGGAGGAGGAGGAGGAAGAAGAGGAGGGCCCGAUAAUGGAGGAGGAGGAGGAGGAGGAGGUGGAGGAAGAGGAGGUCACGGCGACGGAGGAGGAGGAAGAAGAGGAGGAGGAGGAGGAGGAGAAACAGGACGAGGAGGUGGAGGAGGAGAAGGACGACGGCGACAAUGAGGAGGACGACGAGAAGGAACAAGACGAAAAGGAGGAGGACCAAGAGAGAAGCGGCAGGAGGAAGAUAGGAGAAGCGGAAGGAGGACGAGGAAGAGGAGGGGGAGAAGGAGGGAGGAGGUGGACGAAGGGAAGGUCGCUCACCUGGCGUGGGCAGGCGAUGGCGUGUGGGGUUGUGGUCGUCGACGUCGAAGCUCGGCAAUGGCAACACCGAGCACGGGGAAAAACACCAGGGCCCCCAUUUUCGAAUUUUAAAAUAACCCAAUCUGGGUCGUUUAUCUCGCAGAUCUGACGACCCAGAUUAGACCGUUUUGUUUUUCGUUUUUGUCGCUCACCUGGCGUGGGCAGGCGAUGGCGUGUGGGGUUGUGGUCGUCGACGUCGAAGCUCGGCAAUGGCAACACCGAGCACGGGGGAAAACACCAGGGCCCCCAUUUUCGAA